CACUCCCCAAUACCCCUACCUCUAUAUUAUGUCUGAAACCUUCAACACACUCGACUCAGAUUGAACAGAAAGAAGAACAGCCAUGUUUCUCAUAGUAGUGAUUACCUUCCUCUUCGCCGUGUUUUUGUUCCGGCUUCUUUUCUCCGGCAAAUCCCAAAGCCACUCGCUCCCUCUCCCUCCUGGCCCCAAACCAUGGCCUGUGGUUGGCAACUUACCUCACUUGGGCCCCUUCCCGCACCACUCCAUCGCGGAGUUGGCGAAGAAACACGGGCCGCUCAUGCACCUCCGCCUCGGCUACGUUGACGUAGUCGUGGCCGCAUCAGCAUCUGUAGCGGCCCAGUUCUUGAAGACUCACGACGCCAAUUUCUCCAGCCGACCGCCCAACUCCGGCGCCAAGCACCUCGCCUAUAACUACCAGGACCUCGUGUUCAGGCCUUACGGUCCACGGUGGCGCAUGUUCCGGAAGAUCAGCUCCGUCCAUCUGUUCUCCGGCAAAGCCUUGGAUGAUCUUAAACACGUCCGGCAGGAGGAGGUAGGUGUGCUAGCGCAUGCCUUGGCAAAUUCAGGGUCAAAGGUAGUGAACCUGGCGCAACUGCUGAACCUGUGCACGGUCAAUGCCCUAGGAAGGGUGAUGGUAGGGCGGAGGGUUUUCGGCGACGGCAGCGGAGGCGACGAUCCGAAGGCGGACGAGUUCAAAUCGAUGGUGGUGGAGAUGAUGGUGUUGGCAGGAGUGUUCAACAUAGGUGACUUCAUCCCCUCUCUCGAAUGGCUUGACUUGCAAGGCGUGGCGUCCAAGAUGAAGAAGCUCCACAAGAGAUUCGACGACUUCUUGACCGCCAUUGUCGAGGACCACAAGAAGGGCACCAGCACGGCGGGGCACGUCGACAUGUUGACCACUCUGCUCUCGCUCAAGGAUGACGCCGACGGCGAAGGAGGAAAGCUCACCGACACUGAAAUCAAAGCUCUCCUUUUGAACAUGUUCACGGCUGGCACUGAUACAUCAUCGAGCACGGUGGAAUGGGCAAUAGCUGAACUCAUUCGGCACCCUCAUAUGCUAGCGCGAGUCCAGAAAGAGCUUGACGAUUUUGUCGGCCACGACCGACUCGUGACCGAAUCAGACAUACCCAACCUCCCUUACCUCCAAGCCGUGAUCAAGGAAACGUUCCGACUCCACCCAUCCACUCCUCUCUCGUUGCCUCGUAUGGCAACCGAAAGUUGCGAAAUCAACGGCUACCACAUCCCGAAAGGCUCCACACUCCUCGUCAAUGUAUGGGCCAUAUCACGUGACCCGGCUCAAUGGGCCGACCCACUGCAGUUCAAGCCCGAGAGGUUCCUGCCAGGGGGCGAAAAGCCUAAUGUUGAUGUUAGGGGAAACGAUUUUGAAGUCAUACCCUUCGGUGCCGGGCGAAGAAUAUGUGCCGGAAUGAGCUUGGGCCUGCGUAUGGUCCAUUUAAUGACUGCAACAUUGGUCCACGCAUUUGACUGGGCCUUGGCUGAUGGGCUGACGGCUGAGAAGUUAAACAUGGAUGAAGCAUAUGGGCUCACUCUACAACGAGCUGCACCGUUAAUGGUGCACCCGCGCACCAGGUUGGCCCCAGGUGCAUAUAAAACAUCAUCAUCUUAAUUAGAGAGCUAUGUUCUAGUGUGGCCGGUUUGAUGUCUCCAUGUUUUCUAUUUAGGUUUGAAUCUGUAAGAUAAGGUGAUUCAUUUUUUUUUUUUGGAAAUAAGAUAAGGUGAUUCUAUGCAUGCUGAA